AUGUCCGCCUCACGGAAAAGAACGGCAAGUCAAGUCGAGGAGUCUCAAGGGGAAACAUCCAAACGAGGACCUGCAACGACGAACAAGAAUCGAGCUCAGGAUGGAGAGAUGGGUGACUUUGAAGACGAAUGGGAGGAUGAAGUCGACGUAGAUGAUGAAACAGCUCCCCAAGAGACUACUGAUGCUCAAAACGGCGACGACGAAGACGCCAUGGAUGUCGACGUCCAUCCCGCCGUUGAGGACACAGAGCCAUCAAGAGACAGGCAAGAGGGCACCGAGGCCUUUAUUCCAGGAAAACAUACCCUUUCAAAAGACGAAGUGCUGGAACCAGAUCAAAGCGCAUACGAGAUGCUCCAUCGUAUGAAUGUCACCUGGCCCUGUCUCUCCUUCGACGUCCUCCGAGAUGAUCUGGGAGAUGAAAGGAGAAAAUACCCAGCCACCGCAUUCGUCGUCACCGGUACACAAGCAGAAAGUAGCAAUAAGAACGAGGUUCUGGUCAUGAAGAUGAGCUCACUGCACAAGACGCAAAAGGACGAUGGAGACUCAGAUGAUGACGAUGAUGAGGACUCAGACGACGAAGCAGCGCUUGACGAGGACGCCGUCCUGGAAUACAAGUCUAUCCCGCACACUGGCGGCGUCAACCGCGUACGUGCACAACCUACUGCUCCCUCGGUGACACCUAUCGCCUCUAAUCAACCGUAUCACGUCGCGACGUGGGCCGAAACGGGGAAAGUACACAUCUUUAAUGUUAAUCCCCUCCUGACUGCACUCGCCUCUACCUCUUCGACCAUUAGCGACUCGGCGAAGAAGCCUGUGUACACGAUUACCGCUCAUGGUCGUGCAGAAGGAUUCGCAAUGGAUUGGGCGGCCUCUUUUGGCGCAAAUAAUACCACCGUCAGCGGCCUCCGCUUAUUGACGGGAGACAUUGCCAGUAAGAUAUACCUUACCACGACGACUGUCAGUGGAUUCAACACCUCACCGACUCCGUUUACAUCGCAUACUUCGUCCGUGGAGGACCUUCAAUGGAGUCCCUCUGAGCCCACCGUGUUUGCGAGCUGUUCCGCCGAUAGGUCAAUUCGGAUAUGGGACGUCCGGGUCAAAGGAAGGAAGAGUGUCAUGGGCGUGGAAGGUGCCCAUGACAGUGACGUGAAUGUAAUUAGUUGGAAUCGUGCCAAAGAGGCGAGUGGCUAUCUUAUGGUGAGCGGUGGAGACGAAGGAGCCAUCAAGGUCUGGGACUUGAGAGGUUGGAACAAACCAAACCAGCGGCCAUCCCCUGUCGCCACCUUUAACUGGCACAAGGCACCCAUCACGUCAGUGGAAUGGCAUCCGACGGACGAAUCUGCAUUUGUUGCAUCGGGCUCAGAUGAACAGGUGACCAUCUGGGAUCUGUCAGUCGAAGUGGAUGAAGACGAGAUGGGCACGAGCGCAAGUUCAAAGACAAAAUCAGGAGAUGCGUCUCUCCGAGACGUACCACCACAGCUCCUGUUUGUGCAUCAAGGUCAAAAGGACAUCAAAGAGGUUCACUGGCAUCCGCAAAUACCAGGCGCUGUCAUCAGCACUGCGCUCGAUGGAUUCAACAUUUUCAAAACAAUCUCGAUAUGA